AUGUACUGUAAUGCCAAACUGGCAAUAGUGCCAACUACGUUUGUUUACCGCCGCGUGUGCCGGUUAUGGUUCGGCGCCAGUUGUUUGAAGAGAAAACAAUUGUCAAGAGAAGGCAUCUGCUGCAAAAACAUGAGCGGAAGAGAUGAAAUCCUGUGCUUAUUUGACGUGGAUGGUACACUUACUGCACCAGUGCAGAUAAUUGAACCUGAUAUGGAACAGUUUCUUCAAACACAAAUAAAACCAAAAUGUAACAUUGGUGUUGUUGGUGGUUCAGAUAUGUCAAAAAUUCUUCGACAACUGGGAGGUGAAAGUGCACUUCAGAAAUAUGAUUAUGUGUUUGCUGAAAAUGGAUUGCUCGCAUACAAGAGAGGACAGGAAAUUGGUAAACAGAGCAUUCAACAGCAUAUGGGUGAAGAAAGACUACAAACCUUUAUCAACUUUGCCCUGCGAUACAUGGCAGAUAUAAAAUUACCUGUCAAACGAGGUACAUUCAUUGAAUUUCGCAAUGGUAUGAUCAAUGUCAGUCCUGUGGGAAGAAGUUGCAGUCAGAAGGAGCGAGAGCAGUUUUUUGAGUAUGAUAAAGAGCAUAAAAUACGUGAAAAAUUUAUUUCAGUACUAAGAAAGCAGUUUCCUGACUUGGGACUGGUCUAUUCCAUUGGUGGUCAGAUCAGCUUCGAUGUGUUUCCAGAAGGAUGGGACAAAACUUAUUGUUUACAACACCUCAUGAAAGAAAAUUUCAAAGAAAUUCAUUUUUUUGGUGAUAAAACAUACAAAGGAGGAAAUGAUUAUGAAAUAUUUAGUGAUGAAAGGACUAUUGGCCAUUCAGUGAAGUCGCCUCAAGAUACAAAAAAGCAGUUGGAGGAGCUGUUUGCUUUAACAUAGUGAUAGGCCUAUUUAGGAAUCCUCUUAUCUGUGAUACUUGUUUUGGGAAUGUUAUAGUUACCACUUUGAACUUGUGUAGAGGCUUAUAUUUGUCUGCCAAAAACUUGAAAUAUUUUGGACACCAGUCUGCCAAACAAAUUACAAAUUAUUUAAUCUCAGUAUCAAAAUAUAUGUGUAUGUCAUUUUAAUUCAAUAAAUGACACAAAUUGUACUUAAUGGCAAUGAAA